AUGGACUCAUCAUCUACACGUCAGGACUACAUUCUUCCAGAUACACCUCCUCAUCAACAACAAAGCACUUCCUUCCCAUCUUACUGGCCAGCGCAAGCUGCACUGAAGAAGAAGCUUCCAUCCGCCAAUAGCAGUGCUGCUCCCGCUGCUGCUGCUGCUGCAUCCGACUGCGAGGACUCACCACUGAAGAGCCGUGGUGUGUUUGUGGAGAGAGGGAUGAGCAGUGAGGAAUUCAUUGUACCGGACACACCACCAUCUCAUCUGGGGUGGGCACCGAGGCGUGUACCACUCAUGACGAUUUCCAACAAGCAACAGGGGAAGAGAAAGCUGCACUUUGUGGAGGAGGAUGAGGAGGAAACCAACUUUGUACCCUCAAAGAAACAACGUGAAGGUGAUAACUCCUCCAUGGUUCCACCAGCAGGAGGAGGCUGCUCGGGAUGAUGAGAAUCAGGAUGACUUUAUUGCAAUCAUUAAUAGACCCACAGCUAAACCAUGGAUGCCUCUCCGCGAUCUGGCGGGAGAUGUCCCACAUAGUAUCAUCUCGGCUUGUGAGGUAACAAACCACCACGGUAGACGAAUAAUAUUAAAAAUAAACAUUUCAUCUACAAAGAAAAUCUCUGAGGUAUAUC